AUGGGCCCGUAUGUGCCGCCAGGCCAGUCGCCGCCCUUCGAGGUCGUCGAUGACUUGCACCAUGGCGCGUGGGUGAUAAUCACUGCUGCUAUGGGAUUGGUUGUGUCCCUGGCAUGUUUCUUGAUUCGGGUGUAUGUGCGGCUCAUGCUGAUUCCGCCGUUUGCGCGCGAUGAUUGGGUUCUGUUGGGUGCUACGGCUGUCGCUGUGGUGCAAUCAAGUCUCGUCUUUUAUGCAUGCUCGCGCGGAUUCGGGACUUCUACAUCGUUAUUGAAGGAUGGUCGACUCGAUCAAAUCCAGGCUUUAAUUGCAACAAGCGAUAUCAUCGCGCUGAUAAUCAUCUAUCUCUCCAAAUGCUGUGUCGUGGCGAUCUACCUCCGCCUCACGCCACAGAAACCACAUAACCGCGCAUCUUGGGCAACACUAGCUCUGUGUACUGCCUGGGUUAUCCCGGCUAUAUUCAUUGUCCUAGUCAACUGUGAGCUAAACACUCCCUGGAGGAAUGACAGCGGCCAAUGCCACAACUUGUACAUACGAUGGCAAUUCAUCGCAGCAGUCGACGUUAUAACCGAGCUCCUCCUCUUCCUCCUCGCUGUGAUCCUCCUAAAAGGCCUCUUCAUGUCCGUUCGCCGCAAACUAGCCGUCGGCUUCGCAUUUAUAUUCCGCUUUCCUCUCAUAAUCUUCUCUUUGGUCCACAUCUCAACCCUCCAUACUGCUCUAAACAACGAAGACACAACCCUCGCCGCCGUCGAACCAACAGUUUGGAUGCAAGUCGAGCUCCACUACGCCCUAGUCGCAUGCAGUGUAUUCUGUCUCCGACCCUUUAUGGCAGCCGUCAGCACGAACUACGGUACAGCCGGUGACUCGACGCUGGAAAGUAGCGCGUCAAGAUCAAACGGCACGAAAGAAGGCUCGAAGACCGCGUCUGGGUCUGGGUCAGGCACGAGAUCGAGAUCGGAUACCGCUUCAAGAUCCAUGUCGCAUUCUCGCAUACAGAGAAAAAUAGCAAGUACAGGGUCAUGGCCUCUCGUUACUCCGGUCAUUAGUGGUUCUGGUUCUGGAUUGCGACACUCAGAGACUCAGGGGCCGAGUCAGGGUCCUCCGUUGUGUGUUGAUACCACUCCCCAUGCGCGCGGAGCACUUGGAAAUAAUCGAAGGGAUGGGGAUAGUGGUAGGUCCCCUACCGUGCUUGCGCCAAUGCGUCGGUCGAUGUUCCCACUUAGCCCGCCGCGCAAGAAGCAGAGAUUACAGAAGAUGGAAAAGGGGAAGAAUGGUGUGAGGGCUGGGUCUGUGGGGUCCUUUUCAAUGGCAUCAGAUUUAAUUGAACUUAUGCCAAGGUCGCAUACUAGACAUGCGAGUGUUGCGACCGAGCAAGGGGAUGGGGAGGAUAGAAUGGUUAUCCAUAAGGAGGUUCGGUACUCGAUUCAAUAUGAGGAUGAAGCGGCGCUGAGGAGGCGGGAGGACGAGGAUUUGAAGGUUAAUUCUGUUGAUGUUUCUGCUUAUGUAUAA